AUGAGUACCCAACCGAAUACGAAGGAGUCGAUGAAAUCCACUUGGCGUCGAUGGGAUCGAAGCCAGUGGAAAUUCCCCCACAAAAUCUUCGAACGCGCCAACGUCUACCACAUCGAUCUUGACCGAGAGGUUCCAGUUCAUUCAAAGGAAGAUAAAGUGCCCUACGUUUCUGACUGGUCGAUGAACACUUGGGUUAUCGUCCACGCGGGCAUUCCACUACUCCUCCAUCAACUAUACGUGUACCUUACUGGGGAAAACUUCGGGCCAAUCGUCGCAUUCGGUUUUUACUACUAUGCGUCAAGGGUAUUCACGACUAGGGAGCUGCGCAACAUGAAAGAGUUGGGACACAAAUAUGGGUUCCUGGACGGGGAUAAGCAUGAGCGAGAUGGUGUGCCUGAUGAGGGUGUCUCCAAGGCCCUGACAUCAGUCAUGCUUGCGGGCUUAGUGCGCCCAUUGAUGACGGUUUACCUUACCUAUCAGACGAGCAAAGCGCCUAUAUCAUUAAGCUGGCAAUCACUUCCUCUGGAGGUCAGCUUAUAUGGUAUCGUUCUCGACUUCUGGUUCUACUGGUACCAUCGCAUCAUGCACGACGUCAACGGACUAUGGAAAUAUCAUCGUACACACCACUUGACGAAGCAUCCGAAUCCCUUGCUCACAAUCUACGCUGACUCGGAGCAAGAAUUCUUCGAUAUCGCGGGUAUUCCCAUCAUGACCUAUCUUACGAUGAAGUUCUUGGGACUCCCAAUGGGCUUCUACGAAUGGCACAUUUGCCAACUAUACGUCAUGUUCGCGGAGUUGGCAGGGCACAGUGGUCUCCGUCUUCAUGCGUCGCCACCAAACCCUCUCACCUGGCUCAUGAGGAUUUUCCACGCGGAGCUUGUUAUUGAAGAUCAUGAUCUUCAUCAUCGCAAAGGUUGGAGGAAGAGCCAUAAUUAUGGCAAGCAAACGCGCGUGUGGGACCGAGUGUUCGGCACCUGCAGUGAUCGAAUCGAGAGCGUAAGCGAGAAUGUCGACUAUGAGAAUACGAUUUGGAUGUCACUCUAUUAG